GUCUGACAGUGACGAGUGAAGCGCGAGGCCUGACGGCUACGGAACGCGCUCUGGUGUGUACCGACUUGGAAUGAUCCCUUCUAGCUGCCGUAGGCCGUAGCCGCACUUGGCUUCCGGAAUCUGUAACGGCCUGUUGCUCUUUGGCCCUUCGGAGCGGAACGGAAGGGAAGGAGGUGACGAGUGGACGGGAGCAGGAUGGCUGGGCACAGACUGGUAUUAGUAUUAGGAGACCUUCACAUCCCACAUCGAUGCAACAACCUCCCAGCUAAGUUCAAAAAACUGCUGGUCCCAGGAAAGAUCCAGCACAUCCUCUGCACCGGAAACCUCUGCACCAAGGAGAGCUAUGACUACCUCAAGACUUUGGCUGGGGAUGUUCACAUUGUAAGAGGAGACUUUGAUGAGAACCUGAAUUAUCCAGAACAGAAAGUUGUAACCGUUGGGCAGUUCAAAAUUGGGCUGAUCCAUGGCCAUCAAGUUAUACCAUGGGGAGAUAUGGCCAGCCUGGCACUGCUACAAAGGCAGUUUGAUGUGGACAUUUUAAUUUCAGGGCAUACACACAAAUUUGAGGCAUUUGAGCAUGAAAACAAGUUCUACGUCAACCCCGGGUCAGCCACAGGAGCUUACAGUGCCUUGGAGAACAACAUCAUUCCUUCAUUUGUGCUGAUGGAUAUCCAAGCUUCCACAGUAGUGACCUAUGUGUAUCAACUAAUUGGAGAUGAUGUGAAAGUAGAAAGAAUUGAGUACAAAAAACCCUAAAAUGAAUCUUCUGGUGCUCUUUACCAUUUCAUUCCCUCUUGUUCUAGUCAAGUAACUGAGCAUUCAAGAACCACAAACUGUCUGCAAUAUUUGAUUGUUUGCAGUAUUAAAUACUGGCUAACUGCUUGUAGCCUAUAGCAGGUAACUAGUUUAUAAUACAUAGCUUCCAGACAAUGGCACCCUCUUGCUUGUUUUCUAUGUAUGGUUCAGCUUGUAAAAUAUCCUGUUAUGGUGCAAAAUGCCUUAGGUGUAUAAUCAGUCUUGUUAAAUAACUACCUUUAAUGUUGUAAUAAACUUGGUUUUUUAAUCAGU